CUCUGUUUACCAUCAGCCGCGAAUUGCGAACUUCCUACUUGUUUUCAGCGUUCAUAUCAUAUGCUAUUACUACUACGCAGAAUACACCAUAUAACACACUUAAUAUAACGCUAUUUUCAUAACAUUUAAGGCAGUAUGAACACAGACCAGUCUGUUGAAACCCACUGCAGUACAAAUAAGUGUCUAGUUUCGACACCGGAGGGGAACGACUUGAAGAAAGGAGUACUGAAAAGAACUCCAUUCUCAAAGUUUAAGAGAGUAAACUCCAACUUCAAAUCACCUCUUCAAGUAAAUGAGAGUGCUAAAGUUAGCCCUGCAGAAGAGGUGGCAGAGCUGGAGAGGAGAAGAGAGCAGCUGGACACAGAGAUAGCACAGCUGGAGGCUGAGGGAUGCAGAGUGGAGGAGCUGGAGCAUCAUAUUGACAUGCUGCAUGAAUACAAUGACAUCAAAGACAUUGGACAGUCACUCCUGGGCCGUAUUGCGGCUGUGAGGGGGACCACCACACGAGAUCUCUACAGCCACUUUGGUCUGGAACUGGAUGACUGAAAACAAAGUAUGAAAUUACAUUGCUGAGAAUGUUUCCUCAGACCAAGAGGAGAGGGUCUUAAAGAGAAAGACCAAGAAACGUUUAGAUAGGAGGAUGGAUUUGGACUAAAGAUGGGACUGUGUUGACCUGUGUUGACCUCAAGAGGCUCCGUCAGAAAGAGGUUUGUCCAUUUUCUUGUUAUUUUGUCAGUGGGAAUGGGCAUGAUAACAGGAGACUGACGCUGGCCCUGCAGGCAGACGUGAUAUUAAAGAGGCCAUCUUACUCACAACAUUAACAUAAGCCUUUGAUUUGUUUUGACAUUUGAGUUAUGUAAAUGUUAGUAUGAAGGUAUGCAUGAUGGCUGCCUGGAUUUUAAAUGCUUUUCUGACUUUGGUUUGUUAUUUACAAAAAAGAGGGAAUGCUGAAAUGUAAAAUAAAAUGUUUCAAGUUUC